CUUUCUAGCGCUCAAGUCUUUACAGAGAUCUUCGAACGAAUCCUCAAUCCAGGAUAAUCCUUAUACCUAUCGAUGACGCCUCAACGCUAUUGUUCACCAAAAUCGAGCAAUUCGAAUUCUAGUACUGAAUAAGGUUUUGACUAUGAGGUACUAUUCGAGAUACGUCGGCGGUGGAUCGGAUGUUACAGCACCAAGAGUCUAUCGAUUACAUCGUUUGCAGCACUGAGCGUCUGUUGCAGUCAGUGUGGUCAACGUGUUGCCAAAAGCUCCAACUUACCUCAAUCGCAAAUCUGCCCUUUCUUUCAAAUUGGACAAUGUAGAUUCGGAGUCGGAUGUCGCAAGAGUCACAGCCGUGAUGAGAGAGCUGUAGAUCCACAGAUAAAUAAGCCUAUGGCACCUAAGGAUACUUCGAUCAAAAACUCGCGCUUCGCGACAGUAGCCAAAACCUGUGUUUUCUGGGCUCAAGGCAGGUGCAUCAACGGAGAUAGCUGCACCUUCCGUCACGAUCCCGUUGAACCACUGCAGAGACCCUCCGUGACAAACGUUGCAGCCACGGAUUCGACCCUGCGACUAGGCCGCUCAUGGGCUUCGUCCCCUUCUUGUGUCUUCUGGGCUCAGGGAAUCUGUACGAAAGGGGAGAGUUGCACCUUCCGGCACGACAGCGACGUGGAAGUAGCCUCUGGACCACACAUUACAGCACGACCGACCAAAACAGAACCUACGCUUCAAAAUGAAACCAUUCUGCAACCCAUCUCCUGUUUGAAACCACCCGAACCUUGUAUUUUCUGGGCUCGAGGAAGAUGUGCCAAAGGAGACGGAUGCACCUUUCUUCAUGAAGCAACCACAAAGGAGGCCUUGGGCGGAGCAACCGAAGCGCAAUGGCGACAGGUCCAGGAAGAACCUAGGAGUGCACCUCCGAUUCCUCAACCUAGCCAACCCUCCCGUCCCCUUUGGACACCACAGCGACCCUGUAUCUAUUGGACUCGUGGAUGUUGCGAUAAAGGCGACCGAUGCACCUUUGGUCAUGACCCCGCCGUGAAGGACGCCUUAUAUAUCGAGGUGGGAGCACAACAGCACCGGGCCUCGGAGGAACUCGCAGAGAGGGAGAGAUUGAUGCACAGCAGAGAAGCAGGACCCUUUCGCCUAGAUGACGAGACACGUCGAUUGAAGUCUGGAAAGACAAUCCAGUACCUAGCUCUUGGCAGCACCAUCGUCAAGUUUGGUGCAGGUCUAAAUGUCGAACGUGUCGUUCCCGGCUUCGAUGCACGUCGUAUCCGAAUUUCGAACCUUCCCCUUACUGCGAAAUACCAUGAUGUCUGCUGUUUUCUCGACCAGCAGGGGAUGCAAGAGGAGAUGUACCACCUUGUCGACUUGAGGUCGAAAAUUGGGAGCAACUCGAGAGAGGCCAAUCUCGUCAGUGAAGCCGAGCGCGGCAAGGAGCUUGCGUUGGGUCUUGACAAUACGGACUUCUGCGGGCAGGCCUUGAAUGUCGAGAUCAUCGAGAAUGGGAACGUGGGUGGUAUGGAUUCUCUCAACGGCGGAGUGCUGCUUGUCAGUUGGUGGCUACCAUCCAGACGUUUUGUCGCGACCUACUUCUCACAGGAAGACGCAGUUACCAAACUGAGCCUUUUGAAUGGAGAGAUUAUCAACGGUCGCAAGAUCAGAGUUGAUGUUAAUCGUCGGAAUCAGGACAGACGCAGGGGGGUGGUUAACAGAGACGCUACUUCUCUUUUCAUCAGUGGUGUCCCCAUGAAUUUUCCGGAGCAGAAGGUCCGGGAGCUCUUUCGCCCUAAUUCCUUUCAAGUACUUCCUGUGAGUGAGUACGACGAGGAUGAGGUGGAGGAGUUGCUGAAGGGGCAUGUUAACAACAUCAUGAAUGGAGAUGCCGUCGAUUUCGGGGGCUCUGUAGACUUUGAACCAUCCCGACUUAACGCUAAACAAGGCACCCGCUCUAUCCGAAUGAAAUUCAGCCGUUUUGAGGACGCGAAAGUCGUGCACGACCAACUGAAUGAUAAGACGUUUUUCUACAUCGGCGAUUCGAAAUUCCUACUUACCCUCUCCGAUCCAUACCAAAUCAUCAUUCCUAUCCAACAAUACAAUGCUCAGAAGAAACAAUGGGACGCAUUCGUAGAGGAUACGAAGGGGAAAAAGGACAGUGUUCUUCACCUUCGAGUCUUCGACCACACAGCCAGUCUUCGUGUUGGGGGGAAUGACACGAAAGCAGUCGGGAUGCUUAAGGUUCGGGUUGAACGUAUUGAAGGGAUACGGAUACCGGCCGCCAUUGCAACAGCGCAAGGUCUUAUGGAGGAGGAAAUCAAGAGGCUGUCUCGUUCUGAAUACACACAGACUCUGAAACCAGAGUCGGUACGGUUCUUCAUCCGGGAGGGUUUAUCGGAGCUUCGGGAAGCGUAUGGGAAGGCCAGUGUUACGCUCGACUUCUCCACCCCAGCUCGUAUUGCGAUUCGAGGCGGCGACGACGCCCGCCAAUCUCUCAGGGACUUGGUCGACAGGUCCCUUUCCAACGUCAACACCGACUCCUCUCAGCAAUCCGAAUCGUCGUGCCCGAUAUGCUUGAUGGACGUUGACACCCCGGUCAAGCUCGGAUGUGGACACGAGUACUGCACGGCUUGCCUUCGACACUUCUUUGCCGCCGAUAUCAACAAGUUCCCCAUCUUAUGUGUAGGCAAUGACUGCAAGUGCGGGAAAGCUAUCGUGCUUCCUGUGAUCCAGAAGUACAUGGAGUCGGAAUCGGAGUUCAACACGUUGCUGGAUAAGGCUUUCACGACCUACAUCGAACGGAACCAACCGACGUUCAGAUACUGUAAGACUCCAGACUGCAAGCAGCUCUACCGCUCGAGUACAUCUACCAAAGCCCGGCAGUGUCCAUCCUGCCUCGCACCGGUCUGCACGAAAUGCCACGAAGAGGGUCACGAUGGAAUGACUUGCGAGGAGCGUCACGAUCAGUUCGAUCUCGCCCGUCAGGACCGUCUCAACGAGGAAUGGGCGAAGGGAGCGGGAGCGAAGCGGUGCCCAUCAUGUAAGGUGUGGAUUGAGAAGACGGAGGGGUGCAACCAUAUGUCCUGCAAAUGUGGCGCUCACAUCUGUUGGGUCUGUAUGCGUGUCUUUGGGAGGGAAUCCAUCUACGAUCAUAUGAAUAAGAGCCAUGGGGGUAUAUUCGAUAUUUAA